AAUUCCAAAUAUCAAGUUGUUAUUGAUCAUUCUAACAUUCAUAGACUGACGUUCGGUUUACUUUACUUUUUUUUUCUACAGCCCAGGAUGCCGCAAAUGCCACUACAGCACCUCCGCCUGACUCCCUAUCUGUGGUGUGCACUUACGAGUAUAUGAUGGUUUACCUGGAGCACACUAAGCAUCCCAACCUGGACAUGGAUAGUAUCACCCUGAAAGACGUCAACUGCAAAUUAGCUGACCUGGGAGACUUCAACAGAACUCACUUGAGGAUGGAAGUGCCACUGGACGGCUGUAUGACCAACCAUACCACUGCAGAAGAUACCAUCACUUACGCCAACAGCAUAAUAGCUGAGACUCGAGCUAGUCAAGGCAGCAUCUUGAUCUCCAGAGAGUUCCAGGCGGAGUUUCCAUUCAAGUGUACUUAUCCACGGUCUGCCAUUUUGUCGGUCGCGAGUUUUUCUCCGCGGGAAAAAGUCAUCUACACCAGAACAGGUAACGAGCGGAGUCCGGGCCCAAUCCCCAAUUCCCUCUGUGAGAGGCGCCUGCAGGGGAUCAUGGUAGUUGUAUUCAUCAUCUUGGACUGGAUAUUUGUUUUGAUGAAUACAGCUACCAUGAUUCCCUGCAGGCGUCUCAUAGGAAGAAUCGGCCAUUUGUGCCGUUUAAAUGUUUUUGCCCUUUUGGGCCUGCGCAUUGACCCUGAAAGUAAAACGACCACUGUUAAGACAGUGGAAAGUCAUGUUUAUUUGGAAAGUUUAAAUCAUAGGCUGAAAAUAAUUGAGCUGUGUUUUGCCAGUCAUACGAGCACGAUCGUAUGACUGUCACGCUGGCUC